AUGCAACAGGAUAAUAUAGAAGGUAUAGAAGAAUAGUUCAAUGGAUUGAAUAUAAACGGACAGACAGGAGUUGUUUAUGAUUUAGAACAGUUAAAACACAAAUCAGUAAGAUAACAUGUUGAAUGUCCAGCCAGACUUUAAAGCAUAUUUAAUCAUUUAACAACCCAAGGGUUGCUGAAAUCACCUCUUGUCCAUAUUGUAGAUAAACUCAAACCAGCCGAAAAAUCUAUAGUAAAAUAUGCUCACGAUGAUAAUUAUAUAGAGUUUAUUGAAGGCAUGUGGCCAGAAAAAACAAAAAAGAAAGAAAUCUACAUGCUUGAUACAUACUUCAAUUAGAGUAGUAAAGAUGCAGCAUAUUUAGGUGUUGGAGGCGUUAUCGAAUCAGUAGAUAGAAUUAUUAGCAAGUAAUGGAAAAACGCUUUCUGCAUAAUUAGACCUCCUGGUCAUCAUUCAGGUGAAUCAAAAGUUUGUACAGGAUUUUGUUUCUUCAACAACGUAGCAAUUGCAGCAAAAUAUCUUUAAAAGAAUCAUGGAGUUAAAAAGGUUCUUAUAUUUGACUGGGAUAUUCAUCACGGAGAUGGUACCUAGCACAUUUUCUAGGAUGAUCCUAACGUUCUAUUUGUAUCCAUGCACAGGCAUGACGAUGGAUCAUUCUAUCCCCAAAGUGGCUCAGUAACUAAUAACGGAUCAGGAGAAGGCAAAGGUUUCAAGAUAAAUAUCCCAUGGGAUAUAGGAUAUAGUUAAAAUGCACUCACUGCAGGUACUGAUGAGUAUAUAUAUGCUUUUGAAAGAAUAGCUUUUCCUAUUAUUUAAGAGUUUCAGCCAGAGUUUAUUUUGAUAUCUGCUGGCUUUGAUUCUGCUGAAGGGGAUCCAUUAGGACAGUGCAAACUCACUUAUGAAGGAUAUGCAUAUUUGACUAGAAGAUUAAUGGAUAUAACUAAUGGUAAAAAUAUAUUAGUAGUAUUAGAGGGAGGAUAUAACUUAGAAAGUAUUAGCUGGGCUGCAGAGUCUGUUCUUAGAACACUAACAGGAGAAGCUUUUCCUUUGGAAAAGGGAUAAAGAAAAUGCAGCAUUUAGGAAUUAAAGGAUCGCAUUUAGCCAAAUAUUGUAGGAUUUAAUGCAGUUAAGUAAUGCUUAUAGGAAUAUGGCUAAUACUGGAAAAUGUUAGGAGAGUUUGGAAAUUAGUUUGAUAAAUAAAUGAUAAGGAAUGUUACUGAGACAUCAUAAAUAUCAGCUGGACAUGAAUUAAACUUCAUGAUAAAAGGUGAUUAGCUUUGGAAAAAAUGUAAAAAAAAUGAAAUAGCAUUCUAUAAAGACUUGAAUAAUCCUAAUUCAAAAUAUAAAGAAGAAAAUGAAAAACUCAAGAAAUUCUUACCAAAAUUAAUUGGAAUUGAAAAUUACAAUAACAAUGAAUAUGUUGUACUCGAAAAUUUAAAUUUUGGAAGAUCAAAGGGUUCAAUUAUUGAUUUUAAAUUAGGUCGCACAACACUUCAUAGUUCAUAUAGUGCAGAAAAAUAAAAGCAAGCAGAUAAAAAAGAUACCAAGAGCACUUCUCGCUAGUACGGAUAUCGCCUAAGUGGUGCACUUUUAAAAAAUGACUUAGGUAUCCCUGUUGAGAUAUUGAAGAAAGGAACCUAUCUACUUUGUUUGUCAUUGAAAGAAAUCCAUUAAUAUAUUAAAAAGCUUUUUUCUUCAAACACAUCACACUUUGAUUAGAUUAAUAUUGUUCCACUUUAAGAGUUUAUUAAAUUUUUGGAAGAAUUGCUUGACUUCCAUGAAAAUGUCAAUACUCGUUAGUUUAUAGCUUCUUCAAUUAUGGCUAUUGUUGAUAAUACCAACAAUUCUUAUGCUUUCAAAUAUAUUGAUUUUAAUUAUGUUGGCGACCACCCAGAGGGCGGACCCUAAAGAGACCCAAAUGUUAUAUUUGGUAUUAAAAAUUUAUUAGAAUCAUGCAAAAAAAUAUAUAAUUCAGCUCUUAACAAAAAGGCAAAAUGA